AUGAAUACUUCACAUUGUCAUCAUGGCUUCAUUAUUUUGCUUCUUGUUUUGUUUCAUUCAUCUCUAUUUGCUUUCGCUUCAAAGAUUGACGUUUAUCAUGAUGCAAGACGCAUACAAAUCGAAGGUGACCGAAAACAUAUUCCCUCUCAUUCUAAUCGUAACCCUCGUCAACAAGGCAAGGAAUAUUCAGCGUGUACGAAUCAUAAAUCUGUUCAGGGUCCGAUAACACGUAUUUUCUGCAAUGGCGGAUAUGUUAUCACCAAGAUCAAUUUCGCUGAUUAUGGCAACCCCACUGGUACAUGUGAACACUUCAGACACGGCAAUUGCGGCGCACUAGCUACCUUGAGACUCGUCGAAAAGAAUUGUCUUGGAAAAACAAUGUGUAUACUUUUUGUUACGGAUGAAAUGUUUGGUCCAAGCCACUGCAAGGGAGCCCUUACGCUCGCGGUUGAAGCCACUUGUACAAAGAAAUAG